AUUUUCAGGAUUCAUGGAAAAUUCCGUGGAUACAUUUCUAGCACCUCACGGGAAAAGUGCAAAAUUAGUGGCAGACAAUCACAAACCCAAAAUUGAAAAUUGUCAGAACUACAAACCGUCGGUGAAAGAAGAACAGCCGGGUGGAACGUACGUAACAAAGGUUACAGCUAUCGAUGACGAUCCUAAGGAGGCAGGAGGAACAAUUAGUUACAAGCUAAUUCAUAGAGAAGGAGAACACGUUUUAUUUGACAUAGACAACGUAACUGGUGUUUUGACAACUAUCCAGCCGUUUGAUCGGGAUGAACCAGUAAGGCAGAAGGAACUUUAUGUAACCGUACAAGCUUCAGACAACGGCAGACCACCAUUAGCAGAUGUCUGUACAUUUACAGUUACCAUUACCGACAUUAAUGAUAAUGCGCCACAGCUUGACAAACUGAAAUACGACGCACAAGUUUCUGAAGAUUUAAAAGUAGGAAGUGAAGUAAUGCGAGUUUUUGCUUACGACAUUGAUGAUGGGGAAAAUUCAAGAUUAUCAUAUAACUUUUCAAACCAAAAUGUCCAGUUCAACCAAUAUUUCAGGAUAGACAAAGAUACCGGCGUUGUGUAUUUAAAGGAAGCUUUAACAGAUAAAAAGAAUACUAGAUUUAACAGUGCUGUUUACGUGUCCGAUAAUGGCGUUAACGAUCAAGAAGGCCAAAAAGAUUCAACCGCUAAUAUAUCUAUAACAGUAGUGGGAUCUGAUAAACAGCCUCCUAGAUUUACUCAAAAAAUACCUGAUGGAAUCUUGGAGAUCCCCGAAGAUUUUAAAGACUUUUCUAAACAUAUUGUCACAGUCGAGGCAACGUCCAACAUUGCGGAUCCACAACUUGCUUUUGAGUUGGUAAAGGGAAAGACAUAUCAAACGAAUAAAGACCAAACAUUCCUUUUAGAAGCAGAAGGAAAUAAGGCACACAUCAAGCUAGUACGUCCACUGGAUUAUGAAACAGUAACGGAAUAUACUCUAACUAUUCGAGUUAAAAAUAAAGAUUUAAUGGAUUCCUCUAUAAAUAUUCCAAUUAAAGUAUUAGACGUGAAUGAUGAAAUUCCCAACUUCCUUGAAUUUCUUAAAGGUAGUGUCGUGGAAAAUGACAAGCCAGGUGCACAAGCGAUCCAAGUAAGAGCGAUCGAUAAAGACGGAACUGCUGCCAACAACAUCGUGAGUUAUGAACUUGUUGAUAAUACAGAUUUGUUUGCAAUAAACCGAUCUACUGGAGUAAUUACGUCGAGGGUUGAGUUUGAUCGUGAAGCUGUACCUCUAUACCACGUAAAUGUUAAAGCUUAUGAUAACUCUCCGUCUGCUUUGUAUAAUACAACUUUGCCUAACAUUGUAAUUCAGACAUUCCAAAUCAGUAUAGAAGAUCAAAAUGACAACAAACCUGUAUUUACUCACCCAAUUUAUCAGUUCAGUAAUAUUACUGAGCUUGCUGAUAAAUCGAGUAUUGUUGGAGAAGUUAAAGCUUUAGAUAAUGACACGGCUUCAGUUAUAAGCUAUAGUAUUACAAAUGGAAAUAUUGACGAUGCUUUUAUGAUUGAAAAUUCCACCGGAAGAAUAAGAGUUAAUGGAAAAUUGGAUUACGAGAAAAUCGAACAAUACAACUUAACCGUUCGAGCAUUUGAUGGGGCGUUUGAAGAUUUUGCAAUUGUUUUAAUUUCCAUACUUAAUGAAAAUGACGAGCCUCCAGUUUUCGACGACUAUAUCAGAGAAAUUCAAAUUAAAGAGGAAGAACCUAUGAUAGACGGAUGCGUUGUUAGAGUGACGGCUCAUGAUCCAGAUAUUAAAGACAGGCACAGUGAUCAACACAUAGUAUAUGAGGUCGCGAAGGAACAGAAAGAUUUUUUGACUGUAUCUGCCGAUGGCUGCGUACAAGUAACAAAACCUCUUGACCGAGAUCCACCUUUCGGUAGUCCAACACGACAAGUCUUCAUAUAUGCUCGUGAUAAUGAUGGAGGCACCAAUUCAUUGUUGGCCACUGCAGAAAUUGAAAUUAUUUUGAUAGAUAUAAACGAUAAUGCUCCGUUUUUAAAUGUUACAGAAAUUGUUUAUUAUGAAAACCAGGAACCCGGUUUUAUAGGUAAUCUAAGUGCCGAUGAUUACGACGGUCCUGAUAAUGGUCCUCCGUUUGCUUUUCGGUUAUCAGAAACUGCUUCAGAUAGUAUUAGAUCAAAAUUUUCCAUUAACAGAAACCAGCUUUUUGCUUUAGAAAUGUUUGAUAGAGAAGAGCAAAAAUAUUACGACAUUCCAAUUGAAAUUACAGAUAGCGGAGUACCUCCACAAACAGGACUUAGUAUUCUCAGAGUUAUAAUCGGAGAUGUAAAUGACAAUCCAGCUGCAGACGGAAACAGUACGAUCUUUGUAUAUAAGUACGUUAAUGGACCAGAAAAUUUUAUGGAAAUCGGACGUGUGUAUGUUACAGACUUAGACGAUUGGGAUUUAAAUGACAAAGUGUUUGUUCAAGAAGAUUACUUUGACGAAUUUGUACUAAAUCAGCAUAACAACGGUAUGAUUCUGAUGAAACCAACAACAGCUGAGGGAACCUAUGAAGUUCAUUACAGAGUUACUGAAACCCAUGAACCCACAAUACACGAACAUACAGUUAAUGCUAUAGUGACGAUUACAGUUAAAGUACUUCCAGAGGAAGCUGUUAUAAAAUCUGGAUCAAUUCGAUUAAGAGGAACAUCUAAGGAAGAAUUUAUUGAAAAUUCAAUUAAUGGAAAGAGCAAAAGAGACAUAUUGCACCAAGAACUCUCUAAAAUAUUAAACACAUCUUUAGCAAAUGUUGAUGUAUUUACUGUCUUAAAUUCACCCCACCAGAAUAGUUCGUUUGUUGAUGUUCGAUUUUCUGCACAUGGAUCUCCAUAUUAUGCUCCAGAGAAACUCGAAAACAAAGUUACAGAUCAUCAACUAGAGCUUGAACAAAAAUUAGAUGUGGAAUUCUACAUGAUCAACGUAAAUGAGUGCCUUAACGAAACAACGUGUGGAGCUGAAAACUCGUGUACGAACAAAUUAAAUAUAACACGAGAACCAGCUGUAGUGUUUACUAAUAGAACGUCUUUUGUCGGUGUAAAUGCAUUUAUUGAUCCUGUGUGUGCCGCUUUACCAAGAGAGGUUUUGGAAUGUUUCAACGGAGGCGUUCUUAUCGAAAACACAGCGUGUGAUUGUCCUGCAGGAUUCGAAGGACCACAUUGCGAAGUCCUAGCUAUAGGAUUUACAGGAACUGGUUGGGCUAUGUAUCCAUCUUUUGACGCUUCAAACAGGACUGAGAUUAUACUACAUAUUUUAUCACAGACUGAUAAUGGCUUGAUCUUUUACAAUGGACCUUUGAAUAUAAGACAAACUUCUUUGUCUAAAGAUUACAUAUCAUUAGAACUCAAAGACGGAUAUCCAUUACUUCAGAUUUGCACCGGCUCCAGCACUCAAGAAAUUUAUCUAAAAGAACGCAUACACAAAUUGAGCGACGGAUCGUCACAUAAAAUAAAAAUAGGAUCUGGAUUUGACGAUAUAUCCUUAGAAGUAGACGACUGUGGUACCACGUGUUCAAUUUGGACUAAUAAACUACAUAAAGGUGUGAUAAGAGCAAAUGGCCCCCUUCAACUGGGAGGUAUGAAAAACAGAUUCAAAGACGAAGAAUUCAAACGAAUUUGGGACCAUCUCCCACCGACUUCGACUCGUUUCUCUGGUUGUAUUAGAAAUUUGACCUAUAAUGAGUUUUACUACAAUCUCGGUGCACCUUCUGACGCAUAUCAAGCUUAUCCCGACUGUAACUACGCCGUGAUGCAAGCUGUAACUUUUGGCAUCGACUCAAACUUCUUGGUUGCUAUUCUGGUUUGUGUAGCAAUUCUGAUAAUUCUUCUUUUGGCAGUAGUUGUACAUAGACGUAAACACGACAACUUUAACGAAAAAGAAAUCGAUGAUACUCGCGAAAACAUUAUCAACUACGAAGAUGAAGGUGGCGGCGAAUGCGACACCAACUACGACCUGUCUGUUUUCCAUCAGAACAACAUCGUGGACGAAAAACCAUUGAUGAGAGACAACGCCGAUGUGCCUGCAGAUAUAAGUGGCUUUUUAGAUAACAAGAAAGACAACUGUGAUAAAGACCCCGAUAAUUUGCCUUUCGACGAUGUUCGCCAUUAUGCCUACGAGGGAGAUGGAAACAGCACCGGAUCUUUGUCUUCUCUCGCUUCAUGUACGGACGAAGGAGACUUAAAGUUCAACUACUUAUCAAGUUUUGGACCCAGAUUCAGAAAGUUAGCCGACAUGUAUGGAGAAGAUCCAAGCGAUGAAGACUCACACGAUGGAAACGAAGAAUCCUGGUGCUAG